AUGUCACCGCCGCCCGAGGGGGAGGGGGCGCGGGCCGAGCCGCCGGUCCCUCCCCCCGUCCGCGCGGUGGGGGGAGGGGAGAAAGCCGGGGUCGGGGGAGCGGCCCGCGGCGGGGAAGGGGGGGAGCCUUUGAGCGUUCGGCUGGCGAAGGGCUCAGGAGGGUGCGCCCCCAGCCCCCCAGGCCAGAAGACUCCAAAUCCUGGAAAAGUUGCUGUGACCGAAUGGGACAGGGACAAGUCUGGGGGGCAGGAAAUGGGCUACUUUCCCCGGGAGCACCCUGGCGCCUAUCUGGAGAGCUGCCCUAAGGAGCUGGGCAAGGCCUUGCUCUCGGCCUUGGCCGCGGCCGCCGUCUGGCCCCUGCAGGGGCCUGUGGGGAGGAAGCAGGUGCUCAUGAAGCAGACCCGCGCUCACUUGUCCAUGGCGGGGCUCGUCCUUGGCCUGUAUGAUGGAAACCCCUGCCCCUGCCCGUCUGUGCCCCCAGGCCUGGAACACAAGCUCCAUCUGCCUGCAGCCGAGGAUGAAGUCAUGGCUGCUGUGAGGUGGCCUGAGCCCUCCCAGCAGGCAGGCGCCCAGCGGGGAUCUCCCCACGUGGCCUGGUCUGACUACCCCAAGGAGCCCGGCCCCCGGGGGAAGGCCUGUAGCCUGCUGGUGUGGCUGACAGAUGAGGAGGCCAAGGAUGGGGACAGCUCGGUGUCAUCGGGCCGCCUCUCCGGCUCCUCGGGGGGCCAUGAGUCAUGCACACCUCCCCACGGGACCUGGAAGGAGAGGACCCCCCAGGUGCUGGGGCCCCCGCAGCAACCCAGGGAGAGCACUCCCCGGCUGGAGCAGCUGAGGGACAAGAUCCGGGCCCAGGCACGGUGGCAGGCGAGCCGCACCUCCCUGGGCACCUCGGCAUCCGCCAGCACCUCAUAUCUCUACAAAGCCCCCACGCCAGCCCCCCGGAGGAAGGCCCGAAAGCCGACAAACCCCGCUCCAGCCCUGGCCUACCCAGGCUCAAGCAUCUUGAGCGGGGCUGAAAGUGGAGUCGAAGACAAGGCAACACCUGGCCAGGGGCAUGAGGCCUCCAGGGUCUCCCAGCGGCAGGCCUCAGCUCCACGGGAAAAAACCAAAAGGAUGAAAAGUAGUUCUUGCAAAAGAGAGAAGACCCCCAAGCUGCCCGCCCCUAGGAGAGCUGCCAAAGACACAGAUUCUGAGUUGGCUGGUGUUUACGCUUGGAGAAAAGGACAAGCUCUGGUGAGGGUGCUGCUUGGGCCCCCUCCUUCCCUCCCUAGGCUUCAGAGCAAGGGACCCUCAAGAGACUGGGCCUCCACCGCGGAAUUAGGACACGGCAAGAAGCUUGGAGCUGGUGAGAGUCCCCCUGUCCGCCCCCGGCUGCCUAGAUCGACCUCUGUCCGCAGCGACCCGCAGGUGUCAGCCAGCGCUCCCCACCUGGCUUCCUGCCAGCAGCCCGGGACCAUCCAGGCUGCUAUGGCCAUCCUUCGAGACCUCCGCCAGCAAAUCCAGGCCAGGCUGGAGCUGGCCCAGGACCGCCACCCAAGGCGAGGGCUGGAGCUGCGGGACCUGGCGGGGAGGAGGUGGCAGAGCCCCUGGAAGCCCCCAGACUCGCGGGGCUCCUGGAAGAGCCCUCGGGCCGUGAUGGAGGGGGUGCCUGCCUCCAAGAGGGCUGGGAGCCUGCCCACGGUGCCGAGCUGGAGCACCUUGGCCAGGUGGGAGUCCUGUCCGCAGAGGACCUGGGCGGCCCAAGGACGAGAUCCCUCCUUCCGGGGGCCCGGGAGCCCCACGGAAAGGCUGAACUCCUUCCCGCAGCGGCCCUGGAGCACCUCGGCCAGGCGGGCCUCCUGUCCACAGAAGACCUGGGCGGCCCAAGGACGGGACCGCUCCUUCCGGAGGCCCGGGAGCCCCCCUGAAAGAUGGGGCCCCUUCCUGCAGCGGCCCUGGAGCACCUCGUCCGGGCAGGCCUGGGGUCUGCAGAGGGCCUGGACCGCUUGUGAAGACCGGCAGGCCCCUGCCCGAAGGCCAUGGAGCCCUCUGGAAAGGCCGAGCCCUCCCACCUGGCGUCCCUGGAGCGCCGCCUUCACGCAGGGGGCCAGCCCCCUGUGCCAGGGCAGGGGUCCACUUCUGACCCCCUCGGGGGAGAAACUCGCCUGGCCAAGGCCCAGCCAGGAUGCCCUUUGGAACAUCCCUGGGAAGGAGAAUGAGGUGCGACCCCCGCCGCCCUGCCCGAAGCCCCGAGGGCCCCUGGGCCCCCUCCAUGGCUCCGAGUCCCUGCGGGAGUUCAUGCGCCAGAAGACGGCGGCCUGGCGGCAGCAGACCCUAAAGAAAAAGGCCUCUGCCACGCAAGCGCUGGAGCUCAGAAACCAGAGGCUGCAGGGCGUCUACAGGAAGCAGAGGGAGGCCGUCCCCGUGGUCUCCCAGACGACGCCCGGCAUCGUGACCUUCGUCCCGCAUUCUGCACAGUCCAGGGGCCUGGAAGCCGCCGGAGCGCCUGUGCUGCAGUGGAGCAGGGUGACUUCCGGCAUGGUGCUGGGGGACCAGGAGGCCCCGGGCAGCUUCUGCCUGUGUUUGAACAGAGCCUUGAGCCCGGCUGAGACUCUGGAGGUGGGAGGCCCCCGAGAUGGCUGGGAGGGCGCCCCCCUGCUGACGUCGGCCAGUUCUUCCCUGGGCCCCCUGCAACUCCAGGACCUGACCACCCACUACCCAAGCCCGGGGCUGUGCAUCUACCUGGACCCCGAGGAGUCCGAGCGCCUGGGCACGCCGGGCCCCCUGCACUUCCGGUACAAGCAGGCCCGGCUGCAGGCCCUGGAGACCAUGGCCAACAUCCUGAAGCAGCGAAUCGACGUCCUCACCGACAGGCUGCACAGGUCCGAGGCGACAGACGCACCGGGGGGGCCCGUCCCAGGCCCGCCGCCCUCGAGCUCCAGCACGCCAGCCUGCCCCGGAGCCCUGGUGCCCAACGUGGGCGGAGGGGCACCCUGGGACUGGGCGGGCAUGCGGGCCGGGCCGCUUCUCUCCACCACCUGCUUCCCGGACACUGAGGCGCUGCCCGGGAGCCCUGGCUGGGAACGGCCGCAGAGCGUGAGCCCAAGGGGCCACCAGGCCAGCAAGCCCCAAGGUUUCGUGGAGGAUGGGCGCUCGGAGCUGGACAAGAGGCUGGCGAGAAACGUGGCUUCCUUCCAGGCCCUCAGCCCCUUCGCAGGCAGCUCACUCGGGGCGCCAGCCACGCCAGACCCCCGCUGCGGCUCCCUGCGGCUGGAAGAGAUGCGGUCGGCCGGACGGGCGGGCUUGGUCGCGCCCUGGACCCUCCGGAGCUGUGGUCUGCUGUCCGACGUCCGGCAGAAGUCCCUGAGCUUUCUGGAGUCCCUGAAGCUAGAUGAGUGGAAGCCGGCGCCGGCGCCGGCGCUGGCCCUUGUGGGGCAGCAGGCGGAGCUGGAGAAGGGAAGGGGCCGCAUCUCCGAGCCUGCCUCUGCCCAGCCCCCUGGCCCAGCAGCGCCCUGCGAAGGGGAAGAUGAGCCUGUGCAGGAACGGAAACCAGACCAGAGCCCCUCCCGGCUGCCCCUGGCCAGGCUCCACCCUUGGGACAACCCCAUCCUCCAGAUGCUGGAGCAACGCCUGCGGGAAGAAGAGCUGCGCGCGCAGCACCAGGCCGCGCUGCUGCGCCUGCGCGAGAAGGCGCUCGAAGAGAAGACGCGCGCCGAGCUGGCCUGGCUGGAGCAUCGGCGAGGGUAUCUGAAUAGCACCGGCAGCUAUGCAGCGCUGAUGGCCUCGGCGGAGAAGCAGCACCAGGCCCUCGGCAACCUUGAGCGGGAGCUGAGGGAGAUCCGGUACCUGCGGAACAUCCAGCUGUUCUCCCGCCAAGAGAAGAAGCUUCUCCUGCAGCAUCAGAAGGACGUCCCCUCCUUGCAGAGGUCCACGGCCCUCUUGCGGCAGGAGCUUCAGGCCCCGAGCAGGCUGCCUCAGAGUUCCAGCCCCGAAGUCAAGGCCGCUCGGGAGGAGGGCCCUGGGACAAGCCAGCAGCCGGAGGGGCCCGCCCAGGCCUCCUCGCGCCCCCCGCGCCCCCCGACACCGCACAGGCCUGGCAGCCCUGGCAGCCACCGCCCCCGGAGGAGCCCCGAGAACCCGCAAGUCCCGCACCUACUCACCGAGCAGGAGGUCAGGACACCCCCCUGGGCAGCUUCGGCUGAGGACGGUCACCUGCAGCCUCCGAGGCUGGCGUGGGGAGAGGACACACCCGUGGGCAGCGGCCGGCCUGACGCUGGAGGCCAGCUGGCGGAGAGCCACGGCCACAUGGGCCAAGGAGACCCCCAGACCAAGCCCAGCCCCCAGCCAGCAGGGGAGAAGACCCGGGCUCCUACAGGAAGCCGAGCAUCAAACUUCCAGGGCCAGAGCCGACACUCACCAAGCGCAGGGGGUCCCCUCAGCCCCCGGGAAGCCAGUUGUUUCCAGCAGGUGGUUGAAGGCAGCGGGAGCCGAGCUGGGUCAGAACUGGGGUUGGGCUUUGCCAGCAGCCCCGUGGAGGAGCCCGUCACCGUGGAAAGCUGCUCAGGGGAGCAGAGGGUAGAGACCAGUUGGCAGGAGGACCCCUGUGCCCCUUCCUCCCACCAGAAAGCUGCCCAGCUGACCGCCUCUCCAGCAGCCAAGGUGGUGGCACCCCCCGCCCAGCACGAGGGCAGCCCCCUGGCCCAGCUCACGGAACCCUUGGACCUGGGCUCCGAGUCUGAGUCUGGUCCCAGCACUUGCUCGGGGUCUUCGGGGUCUUCGGCACGGUCCCCCACCCCCUGCUCAGGGAGCAGCCCGUCGUGUCCUUCCCUCCAGGAGUUUCAGAAAGCAUCCGCCAUCCUGGUCCAGCUUUCCGAGAGCUCCGUCUCCUUGUCGGAUGGGGAAGCCGGGGACACCCCGGGCGCAGACCUCAGCCGGUCUGGGGGGCUCUCUGCUGGAGGCUCCUGGGGGUUCCACUGGGGCGGAGGGCCGGAGACCUGGGAGGGGCUGAAGGGCAGCGGGGCCGUUUCCCUGCGGGGCUCCUGCGCUGGGGCGGGCGGCCCGGAGCCAGCACGGGGGCUCCCCAACACCCCGUCUCCGCGGUCGGGCUCAGAGCUGUCCGAGGCAUCCAGCGAGGUCUGGGACCCGGAGGGCCUGAGGGAGCCUGGUGCCGGUGCUGGACUAGCCCCAGGGUGCUGCUUGCCCACAGGGGGCUCAUCCCACCUGGAACACGCUGGGGGGCCCCUUGUCCUGCCUCCCUUCUUGGGCCCAGGGGAGGGGCAGGAAGAUUCUGGAACCAGUGGGAGCCCGACUAGUGGAUCAAACGCAGGAAAAGCCAAAGGGAGGUCCCCAGAGGCUGCCAACCCGACAUUCCCAUCCCAAACCUCUUCCUCUGGUGACUUACACUUGUCCCUUUCCUUUCCUUCGGGGACCUCGGCCUCUGAAGGGGUAGAGUUUGGCCAAAGAGGAGAGACGGGGCCUCCACUGGCCUCAGCUGGCUGCCCGGAGGGGCCCUGGGGUGCCCGCCCGAGUCCAUCCACUGACGGGAAACCCCUACAGGCCCCAUCUGAGCCUGAGGUCCCGGGGAGCCCACGGGCUCCUCCUGGGGCCCCCGGUGGGCUGGCAGCCCAGACAGCCGAGAGCCGGGCACCUGGGUGUGGGGAGAGCAGAGCCCCCUCUGUCCUGGAGGAAGCCUGCCCUCCCUUGGCCAGAGGCGUCUUGACUGAGAUCCUGUCCCCCGUCCGUGAGGUGCUGUCCUACGGCAGCGCCGACCUCCCGUCCCCCACCCACUGGGACACCCGCCUCCCUCCUCCGCUUCCCAUCCUCCCAGCAGAUGGUGAGGCCGACCCUGCCAGGGCCCACUCAGAAGACUUCCCUUCCCCGCCGGAAGAUGCCGAGUGUCCUGGGGGCUCGUGGCGCACCCCAGGGGAAGACGCCCCUAUCAUCACGGGAGAGCUGCCCUCCUUGUCUGAGGAGGGCCCGCCUGAGCCACUGUUCCUGGGGCCCCAGGAGGCGGGGGUCUGCCUGGGGGUGGCCGGACAGGGCAGAAGCCUUGGGGACGAAUUGGGUGAAUCCACUUCUGUUGGGAGGGACCAGGCCAUGGGUGGCCGGUGGUCUGAACCGCUCAGCUGGCUAGGGUCCCCCUUGUGUGGGAGCACAGGUGAUGCCCCGGGGGGGCUCCCAAGGCUGUCAGCACAGCCCCCAACCCUAUCCAGAGUGGCCUGUGUGGCUGGGGACAGUCUGGAAGCUGGGGACCCAGGGCUGUCCGGCUCUGGGCGGGGGGACCCAGCUCCGGGUUUGGGCUCAGGCCUCCGCGCUGACCUCCUGGGUGUGGAGAGAGCCGAGGUGGUGGAUCUGGUCUCCACCCAGCUCACCAGAAGGAUCCUGUGCAACACGCUGGCUGAGCUCUCAGAGGCGGCCCCGCCAGGCAGCCUGGCAGCGGAGGGGCCAGUGGGUGCCAGUUGUGUCGCCUGGGCUCACACAGCGGCCACUGGGCAGUCGUGGGCAAGACAGGACUUCUGA